GUGGACUUGAGCUAUGAAGCAGCACACUUUUAGAAGAAGAACAAUGCAGCGCACAGGCUUGACCUUCUUCACCUUCAUAUGUCUUGGUUUGACAGAUGUCCUAGCAGAAAGGAUCAUUAAUGGAAAUCAAGCGAAGCCUCACAGCCACCCCUAUAUGGCAGCCUUAUUCAAAGGAUUUAUGUUAAAUUGUGGUGGGUUUUUGAUUCAUAAAGAGUUCAUCCUGACUGCAGCGCACUGUGAAGCAUAUCCCAUGACAGUACGGCUUGGGGCCCACAAUCUGUCAAAAGAUGAGCCCAGCAUUCAGGAGAUAAAAGUGAAGAAGGAGGAUGUCUUCCAUCAUCCGAAGUACAAUAAAUACAACCAAUGGAAUGACAUUAUGCUUGUGAAGCUCAGACCUGCUGCCAAACUGACCAAAGGUGUGAAUAUAAUCAAAAUACCCAAGACAGACCAGAAUGUAAAGGUGGACACCAAGUGUUCAGUGGCAGGAUGGGGCAAAAUGGCCACACGUGGAAUGACAAGUGACGUGCUAAUGGAGGUGCCUGUAAAAGUGGAGAACCAGAGUGAGUGCGCUUCAAGGAAGAAUUAUCAUAAUCUAAAUGCCAACAUGAUCUGUGCCACUGGAGAUGGCAUCAAGGGCACCUGUAAGGGAGACUCUGGUGGUCCGCUUGUAUGUGAUAAGCCUUCUAAUGCCUUGGGAAUUGUUUCCUUUUCUAUUCGAGACAGCUGUGAGGAUCCAAACCGCAUUUCACUCUACACCCGGGUGUCUGCGUACCUGCCCUGGAUCAAGACCAUUUUGAAGAGCAAGGCCGACUGAUCAUCACAAGGCUUGUUCUCCUAUUUGCAGUCCAUUGUUGCCUCCACUGUUUCCAGCCAAAGAUCAUUAAGCAUUCAUCAUGGGAGUGCAAUGAGACGCAUGUCUUUAUCAGAAGAGAAAUUGUGCCACUUUUUCCAAGUUAAUUUUGGUAAUAAAUCACCUAAUGCAAUAAAAUAAAGUUUGAAAUUAAUUGUUAAUAUUUUAUUAAUCAAUGCUAAAUAUAUAU